AUGCGUCCAGACGCCACCGUACGUGACGUGACGUAUCUGAUUACUUUCUGCUUUCUGAUACCUUCCACGCCCAAGGUCUCACCGCUAGUCGUCACGCUGCCGCGGCGUUUUCACAACAAAGCGCGCUCGACUCGUCCUAUUGCCGAGCUUUCUAGCACACGACGCGAUGGUCGAAAGCCUGGACGAAUUGCUCGCAGCCACGAUGGUGAUGACCAGCAGUUAUCAGGUGCAAACUUCUCGACCGACGCUACGGACGGCAUCAAACGUCGACGGCAGCACCCGAGCGUCGUCAAAUCCCGCCCAUCUUCCGAGAGAAGAGAGAAAAAAACAGUCGAGCUUGUGCGUCGUCUAUCCCCUCGGGUGCAGCAUUUUCCGGCUGUCGAGGCCGCUCGCACCGUGUGCGAAAAACGCGCGUCGUGCUGCCGCCGUCACGUCGAGCGCGGCCGUAGAAACGCGUUUUUCGCAGCAGUAUCCGCGUCAGAUGGCUCCGUCAAGCCGCAGCGAUUUGCCGUGCAUCCAAGCAGGAGCCAAUCGCCACGACUGAAAACAACUGAGCUGGCUACUGUGCCGCGUGUCCGAGCCGCAGCAGCGAUCGCGCUUGCCAUAAUCAAGCAAGCAUCUGAUGUGUCCUGUUUGCACGCGAGUUCCGCGACGACCGGACCUUUGUGCGGCUCGAAAUGGUCCGGAGACGAGUCGAUGCAGCAUGAAAAAAAAACCAGCUGA